AUGAAGACCUACUCGCGGCUCAAACGGGCAUCCUAUCCCUCCUCCGAGCCGCCAACCAAAAGACGCCGCAUCCUCGACGACGAUGCCAUAUCCAGCGACACCGCCCUCCUCCGCAGCGAUGCCGCCCGCUCACCACCUCACACCAGCCCACCUCGCGAAACCACGCUGGUGUCGUCAACACCACCUUCUUCUCCACCCCCACCUGCUCAAGUGACUGCCGAAUCUACAUCCCCUCUACAACUGCCAAAGCGCAAAACCACUUUCUCUUUCUUCGCCCGCAGAGCAGAAGCAGCAGCAAGAACAGCGACAACGACAACAUCAACUGAAACCAGCCCCCAGCCCCUAGUCGAGCAGCGCAACGCCAACAAUGCUCAAGCCAGCAGUUCUGCAUCCUCUCCAACCAUACCACCCGCCGUACCCUCGGGGAAAAGCGACGGCAAGGGCAGAGGUAACAAGCAGCAGCCGCAACGACGUCUGACGCAGCUCCAGCUCGACCUCGGUAUCACUCCAGUCCAGCGCACGUGCAAGACGUGCGGCAUGGCGUACGUGCCGUCGAAUGCUGAAGAUGCGGCGCUGCACAAGCGCUUCCACGCCAUGAACGUCGGGGGCGUGGAUGUGGGCAAGGGCUUUUUCUUGUCGAUGAGUGGCGGCGGGGGAGGGGGAGAGGUGGUUUGGGAGAAGGGUGUGGAUGGAGAUUUUGUGGUUGCUGUGGGAAGAAGGGGAAAAGCAGCGGCGAAGACGAGGGUGAGGAAGGUGUUGCAAGUUGUGGAGAGGGAAUUGGGAGCGGUGGAGAUUCCGGAAGACGAGUUGUGGGGCCAGGUCGUGGUAGAGGGAGAGGCAGGAGGCAAGGGUGCACGGAAAGAGGAGGGAACGAGAGACGGACAAAAGACGGAUGUCGACGAUGGAGUUGAGCCCAAGCCGCAGAGAGCUGCUGGGGGCAAUGGAAACAGCCAGAUCAGAGCACGUGGGGAGGUUGUGACGCGUGCAGAUCGCUUCAAGGCAUAUCUCUACAUCAGAGGCUCAAAAUGCAUCGGCCUCUGUCUCGCGGAGCGGAUCACCGAAGCACACCGCGUCGUAGCUUCACCCAACGACGGCCCAAAUCUAUCAAACUCGACAGCUGCGGCAACAACAGAAGAUUCGAGGGCCCAAAAAGACUCUAAGGAUACCACUCAAUCACAUACCGACACCCCGUCCAACCACCACGCCACAAGAACUAUGCCGACAACCACACCUGGAACGCUCACGACCUCCCCCACCAUGCACCCGGCCGAUCUGGGAAUCUCACGCAUCUGGGUAUCCUCCUCACACCGGCGGCAUGGCAUCGCCAUCGCACUCCUCAAUGCCGUCGCCCGCGAUUUCUGCGCCUACCGGUGCGAAGAAUACGACGCCAACGGUGACGAGAACGGCAAGCGUCUGCCAAAAGAGCGCAUCGCUUUCAGCCAGCCCACGGACGGCGGGGCCAGGCUGGCGAGGAAGUGGUUCCGCGCGGAGACCGGAUGGGGCGUCUAUUGGUGA